AUGUAUGAUAACAAAAUUAUUGCAAUGUUUCCUAAAAAGAAAUGGGCUGGAUGUUGUCGCAUCUUGGAGAAAAAUAUUGCGUCCAUGCAAUGCGGUCAGUGCAAAGAUCAUUAUCACACUGUGUGUGUGAAUAUAGAUGAUGAAAAAUUCAGCAUGCUCACAAAGGAAUGGAAGGCUAAUUGGACAUGCCUGGCUUGUGUAUGCAGGAAACCACGAACUAGGGAUAACACCAAUACACCUGUGCGGAGCGGCAGCUCAGGCGGAGUCACUGCUAGCGGGGCCGCGGUGAUCCCGAUCACGUACAUAACUGACGAGCUCGCGGCGUCGCCCGCAUCUUACGAAAAUAUAACACGCCGCACGAAGGUGGUUGCUACCAAAUCAAACCGUUAG